AUAAUCACAACGCUAUCACUAUGCGAUCGGACAUCAACCUCCAUGAUGCCUUCUUCCUCCGAUCCUUGCCACAUUCUGUCAUCUUGCUUGCUUUGUCCUGCACUGUCAGUCGAGCACCGAAACAAACACAUUAGAAAGGUUCAGAGAGGUGAAAACAGAACAUGAAGAGCGCUACAGGCGAUGACGGAACCACGGUCGCGACAAGAACAUCGAUACCCGUCUCCAUUCCCGGAUACUCGGGGGCAUACAAUAGGGGGCCUUACACAGACACAUUCUCCCCUCCGAUAACAUGCCGUCAAUCAGCGACCAUGUAUACGGCCGACGACGGCGCAGGAGCAGCAGCGGGAACAAUUUAUUACGGACACUGGUGGUCAGGGGACAUGGCCUGCUAUCCCACAGGCACCAUUCCAGCCACCUCGUACACACAGUUUCAGUUUUGGUACUCAUAUUACUGUCACCCUGGCUACUACUGUCCGAGUAGUUGGCACACAGCAGCGACUUUAGCCGAUGGCUGGGCAGGCGAGACACUCACCGGGAGUCGUAAUGGCGUCCUGUGUUGCCCCAGCGGUCUCACCCUCUACAAUAAUUGGACGCAUGCGUGCGCGACAUCCGUCUCUCCAGGAGACGUCAUCACCCUGGUGACCAACUUUGUCGCACUUGAAACCACAAUAUCCUCCUCAUCGGUUCUGUUUCAAGAUGGAAUCCCGCUCAUCCGUGACGAAACCAUCACAGCCACCAACAACCCGUCGAGAAGCAACAAAGAAUAUUUCGACUGGUUUCUCGACAGUUGCCAAAGUGGGGAUUGGAGUGGGUGUAACCCUCGGGGUGGUCCUUCUCGCCGUUGCGGGAUUAUUCUGUUUCAUCUGCUCUCGACGGCGCAGAAGACAACCUUUGCGGCACGGUCCAUCCUCAGAUCAGCCAGGCUUUGUCCAGGAGCUUCCCUCGAAAUCGUAUCAGAGGCCUGUCGAGCUUUCUGCGCGUCCGUAUGUGAGCGAGCUCGAAACCCGAGCUCAUGUGAGUGAGUUGCCAGGGUAGUCUCUGAGCGUGAUUCAUCUGAGCCAGAAUCCUGUGCAGGGUAACGCAUCUUUCCAAAAAGACCUCAGUAGCAAGAUGCACAUGAUACCAUUUAUGUUGCCUUACAUAAU